CCCCCAUCGGACGGCCCCGGAGCCCUCCCCCGUCUCCCGGAUCGACGGCCACCCGCAGCGCCCCCACACGAGACGGGGCCGGAGAAUAUUCCUCGCCCCGUCCUCUCCCCGACCCUCUCUUCCUCCUUCUCCUCCUUCCUCCCCCACCUCGGCAGCAAAUCCUCCUCCCAAAUUCGCUCGCCCAUGGCGCCGCGGCUGACCUGACCUGACCUCGCCUGAUCCUACCCACCCACCCACCUACCUACCGCCUCCCCAGCUGCUCCCUCCCUCCAUCUCGCUAUCCAUUUAAAAAAUGGCAAUGCUGGUGGAUCCUCCAAAUGGCAUGGGAAACCAAGGGAAGCAUUACUACUCUAUGUGGCAAACCUUAUUUGAGAUUGACACCAAGUAUGUGCCGAUCAAGCCCAUUGGCCGUGGAGCUUAUGGAAUAGUUUGCUCAUCCAUAAAUCGUGAGACAAACGAGAAAGUAGCAAUAAAGAAGAUACACAAUGUCUUUGACAACCGUGUGGAUGCACUAAGGACCUUGCGGGAGCUGAAACUCCUUCGGCAUCUCCGCCAUGAGAAUGUUAUUUCCUUGAAGGAUAUAAUGAUGCCUGUACAAAGAAGGAGCUUUAAAGAUGUCUACUUGGUUUAUGAACUCAUGGAUACUGACCUGCAUCAAAUAAUCAAAUCACCUCAGGGGCUUUCGAAUGACCACUGCCAAUACUUUCUUUUUCAGUUGCUCCGAGGACUGAAAUAUCUCCAUUCAGCAGAGAUACUCCACAGAGACCUUAAACCUGGGAACCUGCUGGUGAAUGCAAACUGUGAUCUGAAGAUAUGUGAUUUUGGUCUUGCACGUACAAACAGUAGUAAAGGCCAGUUUAUGACUGAAUACGUCGUCACCCGCUGGUAUAGGGCUCCUGAGCUGCUGCUCUGCUGUGACAACUAUGGCACUUCCAUUGAUGUUUGGUCUGUUGGCUGCAUCUUUGCUGAGCUGCUUGGCCGCAAGCCUAUUUUCCCGGGAACAGAAUGCCUAAACCAGUUAAAGCUGAUAGUCAAUGUUCUUGGCACCAUGAGCGAGUCUGACCUAGAGUUCAUCGACAACCCAAAAGCUCGCAGAUACAUCAAGACCCUUCCCUACACUCCUGGUGUUCCCCUCGCAAGUAUGUACCCGCAUGCACACCCUCUCGCGAUUGAUCUAUUACAGAAGAUGCUCAUCUUCGAUCCUACCAAAAGGAUCAGUGUGACCGAGGCCCUUGAGCAUCCUUACAUGUCUCCUCUGUAUGAUCCAAGUGCAAAUCCUCCUGCGCAAGUGCCCAUCGACCUCGACUUAGAUGAGAACAUCAGCGCAGAUAUGAUCCGGGAAAUGAUGUGGCAAGAGAUGCUUCACUACCAUCCUGAAGCUGCUACAGCAAUAAGCAUGUGAUGAUCUUCCACUGCCCCAGGGAGAACCUGGCAGGCUCACCCUUUUUUCCUCAAAGGCCCUACUGCGAUUAUCGCACCUAUUAAGUAACCACGGCACGUGUGUGGAGAAUUAUCUCCUUGUAAAUAUGCAGUGCGAUAAGAACCGCAUAUGGAUAGUUCUUGUUAUGGACCAUAACUUUGUGUAUGUACACCAGUUGGCUGUUGUGUUGUAUCAGUUUCAUGAAAGCACUCUUGAAGUGAAUUGGAUAGCUCUUGUUAUGGACCAUUACUCUGUGUAUGUAUACCAGUUGGCUGUUGUGUUUGUUGUAUCAGUUUCAUGAAACCACUCUUGAAGUAAAUUCGAUAGUUCUUGUUAUGUACUACUACAA